AUGAAUUCCAUGUCCAUCCCAUCUGCCGAAUCGGUCCCCGACCUGAUGGGACCUGUGUCCUUUGACGGAUCCCCACUCACUGGCACUGAAAGCAUCAACUUUGACCUGGAUUGGAGCAAUUUGGACUAUCCAACCAACGAGGACUAUACUACAAUGGCUGCGCAGCUCCCCCAGGGGCAUUCCCUGGAGGUGAUGAAGGGUUAUUCGAAUGAUUACGAGCAAAUGAACCUCAACCACUGUUCCUACGAUGUCUCUGGAAAGCUUUCCGGCCUUUCUCCUGGUGCACAGGGCAACGCCAUGUUGUACUCACCGGACUCUUGUAACGUGGGCGACACUCUUUCUGAGCGCUACGAAUACGGACUCCAGGCCCAGGCGGGCAACGACUUCACCCUCUACAACCAAAACGCCCAGAUGGGUCGCCGUGCCCAGCCCAUGAUGCAAACCCCUAGCGACCACUCAGCUCAAUACCAUCAGCCUCAGCAGCAGAUGUUCCCCUCUCUUGAGCACGAGCGCGUUUUGCAGAGCAUGCAGCCUUGGACUGGCCAACAACCCCAGGGACACUACCUGCCUCGCGAUAUGGAGCUGGAAUUCAUGAAGUGA